AUGGUCCAACGAAAACCAACUGACUCAAACCGAACCACUCGCUCCGAAGCAAAACCAGCCACCAACUCAGACGCAAACUCAGACUCAGACUCAGACUCAGACUUGCACUCCAACGGCUCUGAAUCGGACUCCAGCUCAUCAGACACGCAGCCGGACACAAACCAUUCAGACCAGGAACAAACCUUCAUCCUCCAUCGCCAUCUCGACUACAGCUACCACCAUCCAGCCAACCAGCGACCCUCAAACCAGCCCGCCGGAUUCGACCUCUUCACCGCCAAAACAUGGACGCUAGACGACGAUCAGCUCAGCCAGUUCAACCAACCCAAUGAUACCGACCUCGUCCAGAUUCACUGCCCAGUCCCCAUCAAAGAGGAACCUGCCAAGAAACUUACCCUAGCCGAUGUCUUGCCACCCCACCACCCAUCUUCAUCAUCAUCAGUCUACAACAAUCUACCCACUAAAACGCGCCUGCCCAAGCUCUCGCCAUCACCCUUUUCCGGCUCAAGUGUUUCAUCAUUAUACUAUUCGGCUUAUUCCUCAUUUGCCCCCUGCUACGAUUCAACUUCCAGCACACAAACACUCGACCAAGCCAGGAUCCUAUUCCAAAGCAAACAAAAGAUCGAUUUCUGGUCUCGACGAGCUCAUCGGUACCAUGAUGUGCUCAUCGAGCCACCAGCAGCCGACAAUCUCAACUCCUCAACGUCUUCAAGUAACCUCAAAAAGAAGAAGUCUAGCGCGCCUGCUUCACGCGGUCGAAAGCGUCAGAAAACGUCAUCAUCGUCUGUCGCCCCUUCCACCCCAUCCAGCUCACCAGCGAAGGAACCACCGCCCCCACCAGCCAGUCCGGGCAAGAUACGCCAAGAGAUCAGCGCGACUCUCCUCGAGACCUCCAAACUGAUCAGCAAUCUUCAAGAGAGACAGCUCGACAGACUGCGUCUCUGUCAGGAAGUCCAUCUUGACCCAUGCCUGUCGACCCCCCCUCUCUACCCCAGACAGAAUCCGGCCCCGAACCAGCUCGUCAAUCCUGAGCCUAGUCGCGAGGAGAUAGCGGAGGCCCACCAACUCGUCCAACGCCUCUCAAGCGUGAUUGCGCGUCGGCCGAGACCGGCCGCAAUCCGGAAAUCGUAUAAGGUGCUUGCCAUCGGCGCCGGUGCGGAUUCCGCUUGCGCAAGAGCAGUCUAUACCGGGCUGCUCCCGCCGACGAACCCGGUGGGCAUCCACGAAUCCAUGCUGGUCUCGAAGCCGAGCCCGCAACUGAUCAGCGUGCUCGAGCACACCCAACGCUCGAAUCCGUCGGCAGCAUCGACCCCGCGCAUCGGCGCCGGUCUUCCCAUCGGCUCGUCGCCCCAAUAUCUGCCCCACUCCGUCCCAGGGCCCGUGUCCUCCAGACGCGACCCCAGUUUGGCGAACGCCCGCAUCGGGCCCAGCGGCCCGCCCGCAAUGAUCUCUACGCCGGACUUGCUCGUCAAUCGGCCCCCGUUGAACGGCCAGGCCGAGCAAGCCGGCCCGCUCCGGCCACAUCUGGGCGCGCCGCCCGGCCAGACCGACCAGCAACGCCACCUCCACCAACUCCAGGUCCAGAAGCUCCUCGCCACCUCUUACGCUAGCCCGGUCCAGCACCUCAUGUCUUCCCCCGCAGUCGCCCCACCCGCAGUCCCGACCAUCGCUACCCCUAGCUUGAAACCCGUCGCCGCGUCCCCGCUGCCAGGAACGCUCGAACCGGCCGUGGUCCAGUUUAUUCUGCAAUGUACGACCACCGUGAAGUUUUGCCCUAAUGACACACCUUGA